GGGGAGUUUAUUGCAAAAUAAUUUGGAGAGUGGAUUUACAAGCUGGCUGUGUGCUCUCUCAUAACAGAUGCCUACAUUACUCCACUGUGCAAGCAAAAGGAGGAAAACCGUCCGAUCCCAGAACCGGGUCCCAAUGAGGUCCUUCUGCGGAUGCAUUCUGUUGGGAUCUGCGGGUCUGAUGUCCACUACUGGCAGAAUGGUCGAAUCGGGGAUUUUGUUGUAAAGAGCCCCAUGGUGUUGGGGCACGAAGCUUCCGGGACUGUUAUCAAAGUGGGACCAGAAGUCACUCAUCUGAAACCAGGUGAUCGAGUGGCCAUUGAGCCUGGUGUGCCAAGGGAAAUGGAUGAGUUCUGCAAAACUGGCCGCUAUAACCUGUCUCCAACCAUCUUCUUCUGCGCCACUCCUCCUGAUGAUGGGAACUUGUGCCGCUACUACAAGCACAGUGCCAGCUACUGCUACAAGCUUCCAGAUAAUGUCACCUUUGAAGAAGGAGCCCUUAUCGAGCCCCUUUCUGUGGGAAUCCACGCCUGCAAAAGGGCAGGAGUCACUCUGGGAAGCAAAGUCUUCGUGUCUGGCUCUGGACCAAUUGGCCUUGUGAAUCUGCUUGUUGCUAAGAUGAUGGGUGCAGCGGCAGUGGUAAUUACAGAUAUAUCGGCCUCUCGCCUGCAAAAAGCCAAGGAGGUGGGGGCGGAUUUCACCAUUCAGGUGAAGAAUGAGACCCCGCAGGAGGUGGCCUCCAAAGUGGAAAGCCUGCUUGGCUGCAUGCCUGAGAUAACGGUGGAGUGUACAGGAGUGCAGGCCUGCAUCCAGGCUGGCAUCUAUGCCACUCGUUCUGGUGGGACCUUGGUGCUGGUGGGGCUGGGGCCUGAGAUGGUGACUGUGCCCAUUGUGAACGCUGCCGUGCGGGAAGUGGAUAUCCGGGGGAUAUUCCGCUACUGCAACACGUGGCCUGUGGCAAUUGCUCUGCUCGCAUCCAAGAGGAUCAAUGUCAAGCCCUUGGUUACCCACCGCUUCCCCCUGGAAAAGGCUCUGGAGGCGUUCGAGACCACCAAGAGGGGUGAGGGGGUGAAAGUGAUGCUGAAGUGUGACCCCACCGACCACAGCCCCUGAGAUGCUGUCAUGCCUGGCCCUCUCCCCCGUCAUAGCACCUGCCUGAGAUGCAAAGCAUGAGGCCAUGGGAGGCUGAUGUGUGGCUGUUGCACCUUAUACAGGCACUGCUUUGUAAUUUAGUUGGAAAAUCAAACGUUAAUGAGGGUCAAUGGCACCAUUAGAGUAUUAACAGGUUACUACAAACGGAGAACAAUAGGGAAUAGCUUGAAUCAAAACUUAUUUGGUUGUUGUUUGGUUAGACACAUUCUAAGCUGCUGUUUGGUUAGAGAUGAUUAUUCACACAGUUGGCUCUUCGCCGCCAGACCCCACGUGCAGAAGAGCCUGGGUCUCUCUGCAUGAAUUGGCCGCCUGCAUGGCCACAGGGUUUGUCCCCAUGAACGUGCUGGGUGAGAGUGUCACCAGCCACGUGGGUGAAGCGAGGAUGGAGAUGCUGGUGUUCCAUCUGCCCACCCCAGCACUGCCCUGGGGCUGUCCUUGCUGCAGCUCUUUCUGCCUGGCAAUCCUGGCGGGAUGGCUCUGUGUGAGUGCUCUGCCGUCCAGUCGCACCUCCCUGGGGACGCUCAGGGACUGCGACAGCCAGUGGAACAAAGCCUGGCCAGCUCACCUCUACGGGGAGCAUCUGCACAUCCACAUCAUUCCAUGCUCUUUGCAAACCAUGGGCACAAAGCUCAGAUCCCAGGGCUUUUUUGAAGAAGCUGGUCUGGAGGCUGGCUGGGACCACGUCUGCUGUGUCAUCCCACCCCAGCAGCUCCCCGUGGGGCAGAAGGACCACUGCAGAGCAGGCUGCAGUGUGUUUGUGGGGAAACUGCUCUGUCCCUGGCUGGGACCCCAGAGGGCCCCAAGGAGGGGCUGCUGUUGGGGGGCACAGCUUGCUUUUUGCAUGGAGGGGAGCAUGGGUGAGAAGUAAGGGGACAGCAUCGUUCAAAGGUUUUACCACUGUGAGUCAUAACUUUCUGAGGAUCUCAGGCCUUCCUGCUGAGUUUGUGAGCCAUGAAUGAGGUACUAACGAGGGAGUGGGUAGCAGAUAAUCUUAUCUUUGAUUGCAGUCAUGUUAAUUUUCAUACUGUUCAUCAGUUCCUUUCUUGGGCCGGUACUGAACUUUCCUCAAUAAAUGGUACCUACCUGUUGUGUCUGUGUCCA